AUGGCCAAGCCUUGCGGUGUUGGGCUACAGAUCACAUCGGCUCAGCCUUAUGUGGUGCAGAUGCUACAUGAAGGGCGAUCGGCUCAUCGCUCAGGGUUGAUCAAGCCAGGAGAUGUCUUGGCAGCUAUCGAUGGCCUUCCAACGAGGAGCAUGAGUAUCGUCGAUAUCACUUCGAGGAUGCUCGGAACUCCUGGAUCGUUCGUCCGGCUGUCCAUCUUCAGGGGAGCUCAACAGAUGGAGAUAUGGCUGAUGCGACAGGCGGUCAAGUUGACUCCCCUCCAAGCGCAACAACAGCGAGAUUUUCAGAGCCAGCAAGAACUCGGCAAGAGGAGAGUCGAGCAGCAGAGCAGCAGGAUGACGGAGCGAUCGUUUGCGAUGAGCCAGAUGUCUUUCGUAUCCAUCGACGAGAACGAGCAUGCGAGCUUGGGAGGGGAGCGAAGUUACGACCCAACUUCCAUCUCAAAGCAGUUUUCCGUGUACAGUGAGGUCAGCUUCGAUCCCGAAAGCUCAAAGUUCGCAGCAGCCGUGGAAAGCGAGAGAUCGUUCGACCCGGAUCGAUACCUGAAGCAGCUGAGCUACCUCUCAGAGAAAUCUUUCGAUCCGGAGAUGCUGGUCACCAAGUUGAGCGGGGAGAGGAGCUACGAUCCAGACAUAGACAGGGAGUCGCUCUACUCGCAAGCAUCUUUCGAUCCGGACAGGAUGGGCUUCAUGAGUGAAAAAUCGUUCGAUCCUGAGAGUGAAGCAUUCCGCCAGAUGUCGAUAACGAGGUCCCGGGUCGCUGCCAUUGCAACCUCCUCGCUGACUUUUGCGCGCAAGAGCUUUGAUCCGGAGAGCGCCAUGGAAGCGAGUCAGUCUUGCUCUGUCCUCCCUGUGCAGAACACAAAGAGGGAGAAAUCCUUCGAUCCUGACAACUUUGACGUCUUCCCUGAGAACAGUGAGAUGUCCUUCGAUCCAGACUUGUUGAGCUUUCCCAACAAAUCGUUUACAUCUUCCCUUGCGGAGUCGAGCUAUGAUCCGGAGGAAUCAGAUGAGAGAAAUGGCAGGAAAGAGAACUCCAAGAGUUUUGACCCGGAGGAGUCGCAUUGGAAUGAAGGUAGGAAGCGGCUCGAGUGUAGAGGAAGGUGCGAGGGCAAGUCCGAGAAUAGCAAAGGAAGUUAG